CGCCGGCCGCGGCCUUGUUCGCCCGCUCCCCGUUCCAAACCCGCCGGCAUGGCCUCGGCGCAGCCCGCCCGCACCUACAGCUACUUCAGCCAGCCCCGCGCCCUGCCCGCGCGCCGCGCCUACCGCGGGCCCGCCGAGCAGCCCGAGGAGCCGCGGCGCUAUGCCAACCUCAUGUACGACCGGCGCGUGGUGCGGGGCAGCACCUACGCCUUGCCCCAGCUGCCCUGGGGUCCUCAGCCAGAUCCUCUUGAAGUCCAAAGGCAGGAAGAGGAACGCAGGAAAGCACGUGCCAGAAAGCGGGCAAAGGAGCAUCUGCAGACAAGAACUCCUGAGCCCGUAGAAGGCAGAAAGCACAUUGAUGUGCAAACAGAGUUAUAUUUGGAAGAGCUUGGUGACCGCAUAAUAGAAGUUGAUGUGGAGUGUCAAACAGAUGCAUUUCUGGACAGGCCGCCUACUCCACUCUUCAUCCCAGCUAAAACAGGGAGAGAUGCUGCCACACAGAUACAAGAAGGAGAGCUGUUUGACUUUGACAUUGAAGUCAAACCAAUGCUGGAAGUUUUGGUUGGAAAAACGAUUGAACAAGCUUUGCUGGAAGUGAUGGAAGAAGAGGAGUUGGCCAAUCUGCGGGCACAUCAGUACGCAUUUGAGGAACUGCGGAAUGCAGAGCUUGCUGAAGUACAACGCCUUGAAGAACAGGAGCGGCGCCAUAGAGAGGAAAAGGAACGUCGGAAACGCCAACAGGUACAAGUGCUGCAAAAGCAGAAGGAGACUUCAGAGAAAAUCGCAGCUCGGGCUUUUGCACAAUGUUACCUGGCUGAUCUCAUUCCUUCAGUUUUCAGCAGCCUUCGUGAGAGUGGAUAUUUCUAUGAUCCUGUAGAAAGAGAUAUUGAGAUGGAUUUCCUUCCAUGGUUGAUGGAAGAAGUAGAAAAGACAUUGGAGAAGAAGAUUCUGGGAAGAACAAUGCUUGAUUCCUUGAUUCGUGUGGUGGUUGAAAAGAGGUUGGAUGCAUUUGAUCAGGCAAACACUUCACAGGCAAAAGUUUCUGGACACACAGAAGUUUUUGGUCAGGCAGAUCAAGCAUCUGCUCAGGUAUCAUCAUGUCAAACCUCUGUUCAGCUAAACAUGUCACAUCAAACAGAAACUCAGGAACCUGAAACCAAGUGAUGACCAAACCAAACAUCUGGUAAUCAGGUAUUGGCAAAUAAACCAUGGAUCUCAGCAAAGAAAGAGGUAUUAAUGGCUACCUGCAGAUGUUCCCUUGUCAAAGGAUACCAAAUAAUAAGUACAGAGGUGUAGCAAGCUCAGUGAGUGCCCAGGGUGCAGGGAGAGGGGGUGAGCAUAUGACAACCACUGUAGAUUUGGAGAGGGGAGCAGGGUGUGGAUAAAUUGAAGAGAAGUUUACUUGCUUGGGCUACUGCUGCUACUCCAGUGGCAGCAGCCCUGCAGUCAGGCUCCCUGGGAGCCAGUCUUGGUGCCCCAUUCACUGCCCCUUCCUCCCAGAUACAUACAUAUUGUGUGCAGGGCUGCACCUGUUCUAGCAAAGACCCUCGGUGGAGUCUUUGCCCCACUUGCCCUCCACCUGCAGAUACACUGCUUCAUUGCAGCACUGCGCUGCCCAGCUCCUAUGGUGGGGCAGGAGCAGCAAAGACUCUCAGUGGAGGAGAGAGGGGGAUUCUGGUGCCUUCUCAUAGCGCCCAGGACUGCUGCCCUGCUUGCCCUACCCUAAUUACGCUACUGAAUAAAUAUAGCCUAAAACAAUUUUUAAUGCUAAUUUGAUGACACAAGAACCCAGGUGUGUUAUAGUCUUAAAAAAGAGAAGGCUGUGAGUGAAGUUGAAUUUCCAUACAGGCACUACAGAACUGUAGGUCCUUUAACUUGAAAGGUUGCACUGUUUCACACUCCAUACUUCAAAGGGAAGGGAAAGGAUGUUGAAGGCACAUGUUUACUGCCAAGGACCACACUAGGAUGUACUCCUAAAAAGCAUGCCAGGGCUGCUUCCUCAGUGCUACCACCCAAACCAGAUGUUAUGUAGCUGUGUUAUUAUGACACUGAGAAAGCGAGUUUAUCGCUAGGCACCCAGUGCCACACUAGUUUAGCUAUAUUACACCCAUCUUGGGAGGUAGUCUGUGUGGCACAACUGUCAUUCCUCAUAGCAGCACUGUUGUCCUUUCAUAAUACUGACUUGCCUUAACUGCACAUUAAUAUUCUUAGCAGAUGUCAUGCUUUACGGAGCAACCUGCUGAUAUUUUCAGUCUCAGAACUAGGAUCUCUUUAUUUUCUUUUUAAAAAAAACAUCAACCACCAAAUGUAAAUACCACAUUCACUCCAUUCCAUUUUGGAGACACAACAUAGCUCUUUAUCCUGUUUGUUUUGGCUUCUAAAACAUUGUAUACUCCUCUAAAAACAGAAUACCAUCAAAGAAUUCUCUAGGAAUACGAAGGCUGAAUUUUAAAAUGCUGGGUGUCAAACGUUAAGUUUUAAUAUGCUUCUGAUUAGAUACACAGGGAAAUUACUAGAAUUCCUAAUGUAUAUGGUAGUCAAUUUAAUUCUCAUUGAUAGUUUUUUUCAGAACAGGUAGGGUGCAUCCCCACAAACACACGUGUGCAGGGGCAUGCAUUUCCCACAGGACAAAUAGCAGCAGCACAUAUUUGUACCUCCCAGGACAGCAACGGGUCCUGGCUUGGUGGGGCAGCAGUGGUGCCACUCAGAGCCUGGCCACCAGCCAGGCUCCAGUUUGCUGCUAUGUAUGCCACACCAAAUUUUUUAGCAGUAGGCUUUUUUUUUGACACCAGGAUCUCCCAGUGUCAAGAAAACUCACCAUGCUGCUUAUUUCCCAUGCAGUAAAUGGGCGCAAGUGUGCCAUGUGUGCCAUGCGCCUCAAAAACAGCUUUGAGGCGCCGCAAACUACGUGGACGCAUGUGGGGACGUGCACAUAGAGGACAAAAAAAAUUAUUAAGCUCAGUUUAAACUAGUAAGGAAAAGUUAAUUACGUCUGUGUCUCAAUGUUUAAUGUUUUUGUCAUAAAUAAA